GUCUGCAAAGUGGACUGCUGGUGGUGAUAUCGCUGCUUGGGAACCGAGACUUAGCAACUUGGAUUUGGCCCAAAAGUAAAUAAGGAAACAGCAGAAAAGCGCUCUUCACUGAGAAAAUCCCCACUCCUCUCCAAAAGAAAAAAAAAAAAAAAACGGGAUUGUGCAGAAGACAAUAUGCCAGUCAAUUUCACCUUUCUCAUUACUUGCCUUGUGGCAUUUGAUCUGAUCUGGGAUUCACAAGGUCAAGAUGAGACCAUUAUCUUGACUGGAAAGGGAAAAGUCAAAGGAAAACAAUUGCCUGUUUUGUCAGGUUCUGUCACUGCAUUUUUGGGAAUCCCCUAUGGGGAACCUCCCAUUGGAAAUCUGAGGUUCAAAAGUCCAGUGCCCCGCAAACCAUGGACUGGAACCUGGGAUGCAACAAAAUAUUCAUCCAGUUGCUACCAAUCUGUUGACAAGAGUUUUCCGGGAUUUCCUGGAGCUGAAAUGUGGAAUCCCAACACCAAACUUAGCGAAGAUUGUCUGUAUCUAAAUGUGUGGGUACCAUCACCUAGACCCCAAAACACAGCUGUUAUGGUUUGGAUAUAUGGUGGAGGUUUUUCAGCUGGAACAUCUUCCUUAGAUGUUUAUGAUGGCAAGUAUUUGGCUUUUGUUGAGAAUAUUAUAGUAGUUUCAAUGAAUUACAGGGUUGGACCACUGGGCUUUUUUGCUUUGCCUCGGCUUUGCAAGGAAGCUCCUGGAAAUGCAGGCUUGUUUGACCAGAGGCUGGCACUUCAGUGGGUCCAUGAUAAUAUAGCAGCUUUUGGAGGAAACCCAAAAAGUGUGACACUGUUUGGAGAGAGUGCAGGCGGAGCUUCUGUAAACUAUCAUGUACUCUCUCCUGGAAGCCACCCUUUUUUUACAAGAGCAAUCAUGGAAAGUGGUACCAGCAAUGCUCCCUGGGCUGUAGCAUCAGAAAUUGUGUCAAGGAAUAGAUCUUUGACUUUGGCUUCACUCCUAGGAUGUCUGACUAGUGAUAACAUAGAAGUAGUCAAUUGUCUUCGCAGCAAGCAUCCACAGGAGCUAGUUGACAAGCAGUUUAAUGUAGUAAAUAACCCUUCACUUUUAGGAACUUUGUUUGUGCCCACGGUAGAUGGGGAUUUCCUCACUGACUUGCCAGAAGUUCUAAUUCAAUUGGGACAAUCAAAAAAAACUGGGAUUUUACUUGGAGUGAACAAGAAUGAAGGAACAUAUUUUCUACAGUACGGGUUUCCAGGCUUUGGCAAAGACAAUGCAAGUCUUAUUACCAGACAAGAGUUUUUGUCAAUCUUGACAAUGUGUCUUCCGCAAGCAAAUGAAAUAGGACACGAAGCGGUAGCUUUCCAGUACACAGAUUGGAUGGAUGAGUAUAACCCAAAGAAGAACCGCGAUGCCUUGGAUGAUGUUGUUGGGGAUUAUAAUUUCAAAUGUCCAUUAUUGAGGGUUGUGCAAAAAUGGGUGGACAAUGGAAACAAUGCUUUUUUAUACUUGUUUGAUCACCGCUCUUCCAGAAAUCCUUGGCCAGAAUGGAUGGGAGUAAUGCAUGGGUAUGAAAUAGAAUUUGUGUUUGGAUUGCCCUUGAACAAAAGUUUAGGUUACACGGAGAAAGAAGAAGCUCUAAGCAGAAAAGUCAUGCACUACUGGGCAAACUUUGCUAAAACUGGGAAUCCUAACACACAGGGAAAAAAAUGGCCAGCGUUUACCAAAAAAGAUCAAGAAUACAUAACUUUAAAUACAGAAGCACCAAGAAUCUACAGAAAGAUGCUUGCCCAACAGUGCCAGUUUUGGAACAGUUUUCUACCUAAACUUCUUCAUGUUACAGAGAACAUCGAUGCAGUAGAACAGCAGUGGAAGUUAGAAUUCCACCAGUGGCUCUCCUAUAUGCUGCACUGGAAGGAUCAAUUUAAUAAAAAAAAAGAAAUGUGUGCAGCUCCCUAACUCCUAACUACCAAAUACAGGGAUGGAAAUAAGACUCCCAUUGCACAGCAGUUUCACCCAGUCAAGGUUUUGGUUAGCCACCUUGAAUAGGUAAAAGGCUCAGGUGUGUUUUAUUAAACUCAUCGUAAAACUAGGAGUGGAUCAAACUGUUACGCAAUGGCAGUCUUAUUACCAUCCCUGCAAAUACACUUAACAAAGAGAAAAUUAAUGUAAGGCACAUAAGUAUUUUAAAGUACGAAAUGUGUAAUAAUUUGUAUUACCAUAAAACUGAAUUAAAAUAAUGACACAUCAGAACACUAAUGUGAAAGUUUAAUAACAAAUAUAUAAAUAUACUGCAUAAUUAUUUUUUAUAUUUCAGGUUUACCGUUGUGCCUUUAAAACCAAUAUUUUAAUUGUGUAUGUUUGUAUAUAUUUUCCAAAAUAAAUAAUAAUGCUUAAUUAAUGAAACUUGACAUCAAAUGAAGUCAAUAUCAAGACUAUACAUUUUUGUAACAGUCUUUUUUAAAUACCACUUUGUGUAACUAUAGAGAGAGAGAGAGAGAGAGAGAGAGAG